GUAGCAUGGAAUUGUAUUAUUACUAAGCAACAGAGACCGUCGCAUACCGGCGAAUUGGUAAAAACGGCAUUAAAUGGAAAGAUCGAGUCUGGCCACAUCCAGAGAACAAAUGCCAAACAAACCUUAGCUUUGAGUCUUCAGGGUAUUGUCGUUUUAGUUAUACUGUGAUACGUUAUUUUUUGUUUUUUAAAUAGUUUUAUUUUUUUUUAUUUUUUAUUUUUUUACAUUGAACAGGAUUGAAGCAAGCUGCUCUGGCAUGAAUAAAUGUAAAGAUCCCCCGACAGAAAUGCACGCGAAUAAUCAGCGAAAUCACGAUUCUGACUGUGGAACCGAUGUCGCGCGAGCACGAUGGGCACUUCUGCGACAGGUUCUGAAACAGAAGCAGUUGGAUAGUUCUGAUGUUCAGCAGGUGUCAGUCCGAAGAUUUUCCUCCUUUGACCUGUUCUCCAGAAGCAGGGUCACUCCCACAGACACAGAUGACCCAUCUGACGAGCAGUGGGUGGAGUACAGAAGUGCCAUCUUUCCCCAGUACAGUGCCUUACUUAGAGACAAUCUUGGCCCCAUUAGAGUGGAUGAGGUGCUCAACAGCUUUGACAACACAGGAAAUGUCUGUGUCUGGCCCUCUGAAGAGGUGAUGGCCUACUAUUGCCUGAAGAAACGUCACAUGUUUACGGGCUCCUCGGUGUGUGAACUGGGUGGAGGGAUGACAUGUCUUGCUGGGCUUAUGAUUGCGGUUUGUGCUGAUGUGAAGGAAGUGCUGCUAUCUGAUGGGAACGAGAAGGCAAUUCAAAAUGUGCACAGCGUAAUAGAGAGGAACAGACAAGAUGGGCUUUUCCUCUCUGCCAACGUGUCCAGCAGGGUGAUGAGAUGGGACAAUGAAGCUGAUGUGUCUGCUCUGGAGGGUCGCUUUGAUGUGGUGAUGUGCGCUGACUGCCUGUUUCUUGACCAGUACAGAGCCAGUCUGGUUGAUGCACUAAGAAGAUUACUGCGACCUGAUGGAACAGCUCUAGUAUUUGCCCCUACCAGGGGAGACACACUGGCAGAGUUCUGCAGACUGGCAGAGAGAGCAGGCCUGUGUGUGUGUCGCUAUGAAAACUACGACUCACAUCUGUGGGACCUACACCUGAAGAUGCAGACAGAGGGCAAGGAGGUGUAUGAUAGAAACAUCCACUAUCCUCUCCUCCUCACUCUCACCCAUGGGUCUAGUCCAGCCCUGAUCUGAGCUGGGCAAAACUAUCUCUUGCCAGGCUGCCUUCCUGCACCACCACCCCCUGUGUCCCUGUCCGGCAGGCCUAAAACGGGCCCUCCUCAAUUCUGAUAUCUUUUUUAACUACCAAGUUCAAUGAGUGUGUGUGCUUUGAAAACAGAGUAUGUAGGUGUGUGUUUGAGUUGCCGUGCGUGUGCUUGACCCGUUUACUGUGCAAUACAAGUGUGAAAUGUGCUAAACAGAGAGGUGGAGAACACAUCACUCCCUCUCAUCCUACCAGUACUUCAAACGUUGCGGAUGCAAAGAUCAGACAUGAAAUCAUUCGAUACCCUGUGAUGAUGCAUGAUAUCAGAGAAUGGUGUUUCAGGGAAGAACAUUGUGAUAUCAUUAAAGGGAUAGUUCAUCCAAAAAUGUAAAUUCUGUCAUCAUUUACUCUUCCUCAUAUUUUUUUCAAGAAGCAUUUGACUUUGUUCCAUGAUGACAGAAUUUUCAUUUUUGUGUGGACUAUUCCAUUAAGUUCAUGAUUUUGAGUCUGGAGGUUAAUAUAGCUAAUCAGGUUUGCCUGACUAUCUAUGCCUCUUCACAAAGACAUAAAUGAUACUUUAGUGUUGUCUCGAUCAUGAGAUUUUGUUAUCAUAUGAUACCAGCUAUCAGUUCACUACUAGCUACUGAUUCUUUAUCUACACUCAAAGGUUCAUUUUGGCACCAAAGUUUUCAAGUGGUUGAGAUAUUGAUGCUGCUGCGCUGAAUGUUAAUUGCUUCACUGUGAAAUGCUCUCAGUUCUUAUUUUUAUCAAAGUAAUGACAAGAUAUGAUAAACUAGAAAAGACUAAGAAUUAAUUUCUUCAUUGUUUCACACGACCAACAGUAAGACCUGCAGCACUGUUCUCCACCACCUUGAGUUCUACAAUGUGCACUCACUGUGCAAGCUGGACCUGGCCUCAUUUAAGGGAUUGUUCACCCAAAAAUGACAAUUAUGUCAUCAUUUACUCACCCUAAUAUCUUUCCAAACCUGUAUGACUUUUUUUUGUAUGAGUUAUUUAUAGCAGAAUGUCCAAGCUUGAUCUUGCUCUUUUCCACACAAUGCAUGGGAAUGAUGUCCACGGCUGUCAUGCCAGAUUUUUAAAGCAUAAGUUUGAGUGAAUAACGACUUAAAUUACAAGUUACAAAUUAUCGUAUGGCAAAUUACAAGUUAUUGUAUGGCUUAAGGAUAAUUUACAGAAUAUACGUAGUUUCAAAUCUAACGGAGUACUUUUAUGAUACAAAUGGUGCAUUUUUUUUACUUUUUGGAGCUCAACAGCCUCCACUUUCAUGCUAUGGAAGAGAGCAGCUUGAACAUUCUGCUAAACUUCUCCUUUUGUGUUCCACAGGAAAAAGUAAUACGUUUGGAAUUACAAUUAGUAAAUGAUGAGAGUUAACUAUCCCAUUAAGUACAUAAUUUUUAUUUAUUUUUUUAAUAUUAUUUGACGAUGGACUACGUAACGAUGGACGCCCGACGCUGAAUCAGCCCAGAGAGGGAUAAAAAGGAGCCGGGGAUGCCAGUUCGGGAGAGAGAGAUGCACACAGCAGUCUUGUGUUAUUAAAAGUUUCGUUGACUGCUCAGCCGGUUCCUGCCUCCUCCUUGCCCAUCGUGUGAAUCUGUUACAUUGGUGCCGAAACCCAGGAAGGAGUGUUCGAGAUGGGCAAGGAGUAGGCGGGAAGCAGCUGAGCAGUAAAUGUAAACUUUUAAUAAACAAAUGAACAAAACACAACAUAAAACUGCUUUCCAGCAUAACACAAAACACAAGACUGCUGCAUGUGUCUCUCCCUCUCUCUGGAACUGGCAUCCUCUUUAUACCUCUCCCGGCUGAUUGGGCUGAUUCAGCGCCGGGCGUCCAUCGUUACGGCCCGGCCACGCCCUCCUCCUCGUCACAAUAUAUAAACCCAGGGCUGUCCUAAACUUUAAACCACUUUCACUUUUGUUUUCUUCUGGUAUCGAGCUGGUGAUACCUCAUUCAGAGCUCUUUGGUUUCAUUGUGAAUUGUUCAGGGCUGUGUGCUUCUGCACUGUGAUUACGUUUGUACAAAACACAGAUGAGUCCAAAGUGAUUGUUUCACACUGACACUGCAGGUGCUUGUAAUGACUGUGAUUAAAUCAUUGUUA